AUGCCUUCACCGGAAACUCACUAUACUCAAUUCCCGGUGACUCACUUUCAACCUCCACAGCACUCGAUUCCCUUAACGCCAGAAUUCUACAAAAACGUUCACUCUUCUCCUUCCCCGAAUUUCAAGGAGGAUAUGGAGGAGAGUCGUUUAUGGAGGACGCCGUUUGAUGGGGCAAUCCAUGUUUGUGCUAAGUUACCUCAAUUGGCUACCAACACCGACGUCCAAUUGCGUUUCGUGGAGCUCCCAACUCUCAUGGUAUUGGUGCCCAUCAUCCGUUUCAAACCAAUCCAACUCUUGCUUAUUGCUGCUCAUGUAACUUUCUUAUCUUCUUAUACCAAUUAA